AUGGUUUGGCGGCCAGUCGCCCGUUUCAUUUUGCCCAUGGCGGGGAUGGAUGGUGGCCAACAAGAAGAGGUUCACAGAAUCGUUGGUGGGGAGGGGCCGUAUGGAAACUUGGGCGAUGAUGACGACCAUCCCAAAUCUUCACCCGUCUAUUCCAUGUCGCCCCUUUUACUCGAAAGGCUGCAACGAUCACGCCGCAUCGAAAACGGCAGGGUCUCCUCUCAGUCGAGCACCGACAUGCUCUCUUCCUCGGCCGGCUCCAGACAUGUGCGGAGCCCUUCCCCCACCAGUAGCCACCACCGGCCUGGGUCGAGUGGAGGUGUCGAUCCCACAAAGGCAAAGAAGGGUAUGGGCGUCAAGGAGAUGGAGCAAACUGUAUCCACGUUACACAAGCAGAAUUUCGACCUCAAGCUUGAACUUUACCACCGGAGAGAGAGACAAACAGCGUUGGAAGAGCGCCUGGAUGCCCUGGAACGGGAAGCAAAGGACCGGGAUGACCUCAAUGACUCGCUGGUGCAAGAGCUGGAGAAACGCGACAAGGCUGUCGAGGAGGCGAUAGGGAUGAUCCUCAUGUUGGAGAAACGUGUCGAGCAGCUCCUUAUGGAGAGGAACAUGGUGCGCCAGGUCGAGGCCGAAGCGCCCGCGUACCCUCGUGUCGAGUCGCCUGCCGUCACUCCAUCGUCCAAGAACCCGCGGCUCGGUCCCUCAUCGUAUGCCGACGCCAAGACACCCGUUCGCAUGCCGAGUUUCGUUUCUGACCGGAGCGAAACUACUGAGAACCUUAGGAGUGUGUAUCUCGGCAAUCUUGCCGGGGACAGCGCCCUGACUUUGCCCCGCCUAGCCGACGAUACACCUGACACGGCACGUAUCGACCCUAGACUAGCUAGCCCCGCGCUAAGUGAGCUCAGUGAAAGUUCGUUCAUAAGCAUCUACGGUCGCAGCCGGCCUGUAAACCAUUCUUCACCGCCCGGCAAUAGUCCUUGGCAAGGGGACAGGUUAUCCAAAACCCCCAUCCCAGCCCUUGAUUCCCCGACCAGGGCGAGGACUUCGACACCAUCGAGACAGCAGCGGCCGAGUAGCUCACGCGCCACUAGCGGGCAGUUCCACAACAUUGGCGACGUCUUGGAAGUCGCACCAUCGCCUCAUCAUCAGCUGGGAAAGACCAAGCUCGCGCGCGCGACCGUGGGUGAUUCGCCGAGGCCGCCGACCGCGAGCAACCAAGCAUCACCUUUUGCCCGACCACCUCUUCCUAAUGGCCAGCCACGAACGAAACAAGAGAAACGAGAGGCUCUUGAGCGAGUGUACACCCAGGGCCAAUUCAGCAGUCACCCGCAAGCACUGCCCCCGACGCCGGACACACUUUCUACCACCACGCUUUCUCGGAACGAGACACCGCCAAAGGACCAGAGUCCCGAAAAUGAGCGGGGGUUCUUGUGCCUAGCCGAAGCGAACACGUCGAGAACAUCCGGUCACGACGAACAAAAAUCGCCGUCGCGGGGAGCUGAGCGCGCAUCCUCCGCGGCAUUUGACAGUCGAAGACACCUCCAUGUCACCGGCGGCUCCCCUCACGCCGCCUUGGCCACGCCUGAAACUCGCACGCCACGCCCAGCGGCUGAAUUGUCCAACCCCCGUACCCGCGAUGGCAGUAGCUGGGGCGCCGAGGCGCCGAGGUACAGACCUGGACAUCGCAGGGACUCGACGAACUCCAGUGUGGAUACCUGGCUGCGCGAGAGCUUAAAGCCAGAGAGCAUGGAUGCGUUGGACCCGACGAGCUCAAUAUCGCAGGCCCACGCCAGCACGAAGCAGGGCCGCGCCUCACCAGAUUUGUUUUUCUUUCCCUGCCUCCGCCACUGGCUGGGCGACGCAAGCGAUGUUUGGUGCCCGAGGUGGGAAAUGGGCACAAAGGCUCGAGCAGCAAGCAAGCGCCGAUAA